AUGUGGGGCUUGCGCGGUAGCACUCACCAGGAAGGACCGUUCGUCGGGUUGCACGGUAACGACUGCAGUCAAUUCGGUGCGUGCCACUGUUUUGGUCUAUCGGUAGGUCUAGACUACAUGUAUCUGUACCUAACAGUGUCUAUACUCAAUAUGCUCCUUGCAACCUGGAGAUGGCGUGACUACAACAGAAGGGAUAGGGAGGUGAGAAUUGAAUACACCAGCGUUAGUUCCUGUAGUGUACAUGCGGUGUGUUCCAAACAGCUAGGGACGCAUCCAUGUCUAAAUAAUUAACUUAAUUAUUUGUUUGUCUUAAAGCCAAUCCAAGGGUUUUCAUGCAGUCCAACUAAGUCUAGCAGAACACAAUGGAAGCCAGUGUGGGUAUUGUUCACCCGGCAUGGUGAUGACUAUGUACAGUCUCCUGAAAGAAAACUCCUCGCCAAACAGUCAGCAGAUAGAAGACUGCUUCGAUGGCAACAUUUGUCGAUGCACUGGCUAUAGGGGAAUUCUUGAUGGCAUGCAUGUGUUUGGAAAAGGCUCCUUACCUCAUGACAUUGAGGAAAUUGCUGAAGUAAAGUACAAGGGUUGCCCUCUUGCUGGUACAAAAUUACCAACACGUCUGCCCUAUUGGUACACUCCAAGCUCAGUCAAUGAUGUAUUUGCUUUGCUGAAAAAAUACGCGACUGCUGGAGUCAUGAUCGUUGCAGGAGGCACUGGGAGGGGUGUAUUCAAACAGCAACCAUUAGUGCAGGCCUAUGUGGACAUUAAGAACAUAGCAGAUCUCUACUUAGUCAAGAUAUCGAGCAGUGCUCUAAUUGCGGGUGCUGGUCUCACUCUGACAGAACUGAUGAAUGCUUUAGAGAAACAUCAGCAUUCUGAUUCGAGAAGUCAAAAGUUUGCUAGACUUGCUAGCCACAUAAGAAAGAUUGCUAGCUGGCCUGUGAGAAACGUUGGAACUUGGGCAGGCAACUUGAUGCUUACUCACGACCACGAUGGCUUUCCUUCAGACAUGCAUACCAUUCUCACGGCAGCUAAUGCAUCUGUCACUGUUGAGAAUGGGACAAGUACAAACACUUACAACAUGGAGGAGUUCCUGACGUUGGACAUGAAGGGCAAACUGAUUACCUAUUUGUCUAUUCCAAUUGAAGAUCCUACAGAGUGGUUUGUGACUUUUAAAGUGAUGCCUCGACAUCAAAAUGCACAUGCCUAUGUGAACGCAGGUUUUAACGUCAAGUUCACAGAGAAAGGAAAAACAGUAGUUUUGUCGGCUGUCUUAGCCUUUGGAGGCAUUGGAAAACAUACAGUACAUGGAACGAAAACGGAGAAACUGUUAAAGGGAAAAGACUUGAGGCAUAAAGCCACCUUAGCAGCUGCACUGACUCAACUCUCUGAUGAAUUGAUCCCCAAUAGUACUCUUGUGUCUGCCAGCCCCACAUAUCAAAAGAGUCUAGCUAUAAGUCUUUUCUACAAAUUCUAUUUGAGUGUUUUUGGUGACAAACUGCCGAAGGAGCUGCAGUCGGCAGCUUACGAAAUGAAACGACCGGUGAGUAGUGGUCAGGAGUCAUACAGCACCAACUCGUCCAAAUACCCUCUAACACAACCAAUACCAAAAUUGACUGCCAUUCUUCAAGCAUCUGGUGAGGCCGAAUAUGUUGGCGACAUUCCGUCCCAACAAGGAGAGCUUCAAGGAGCAUUUGCUCUUACCACACAGGCCAAUGCCGCUAUCGAGUCAAUAACUAACAUACCCAAAGUCCUGUGUAUGCCAGGCGUUGUUAGUGUAAUCACUGCACGCGAUAUCCCUAAACUCGGAACUAACACUUUGUCUGGCUUUGCCCCACAACUGCUGUUUGCAGAGAAGGAGUCUCAAUAUGCAGGACAACCACUUCUAUUAGUGUUGGCCGAUACACAAGUGCAUGCUGAUGCUGCUGCACGUGCUAUACGUGUGACUUAUAAGUCGCAUGGGAAACCGAUUGUGACGCUUGAGCAGGCAAUAAAGGCAGGUUCACUGUUUCAUGAUGAUCAAGCGAAGGCUAUCAAGAAAGGAGAUCCAGCUGAUGCUUUAAGAAAAUCAGCUCAUCGAAUCAGUGGUCAAGUCAGUGCUGGCUCUCAGUACCAUUUUUCAAUGGAGACUGAACAUUGCCUCGUCAUUCCCACUGAAGAAAGCCUCACCAUUUACAGUCCAACUCGUAGUGCCAACGUUUGUCAAAUUGCAGUCGCUGGUGUGACUGGCCUGCAGACAAGCAGAGUCUACAUUGAAACGAGACGUUGUGGAGGAGCAUUUGGAGGGAAAUUUCAUAGUUCAGCUCACGUUGCUGCCGGAGCCAGUUUAGCAGCACAGAUCACAAAGCGUCCAGUGCGUAUUGCUGUUGACUUGGAGAGUAACAUGCAGAUGUUUGGCACGAGAACUCCUGUCUUAGCCAAAUACGAGGUUGGAUUUUCCGAUUCGGGCAAGAUUGAUGUUAUCAGUGCAACAGUUUAUGCCGGAUGUGGUUGGGCUCACAGUAUUGAUUCAAUUGAGUCAAUUAUUGCAAACAUGGAUAAUGUGUACAAUAUAGCCAAUUGGUCUCUUGAGCCAAAUAGUUGCAAGAUGAACACUCCAGCAUGUCAGCCGUGUCGAUCUCCUGCGCAUUUUCCUGCUGUUUUUCUCAUCGAAUCGAUUGUCGAUCAAGUCGCCUCAACGUUAUCCAAAUCACCAGAAGAAAUCAGAUUUCUGAAUCUCUAUCAACGUAAUCAAGUCUCUCUUUCCGGACAGAAACUACUGUAUUGCAACAUAUCCAAACUAUGGCAAGCUCUGAUCAAGUCUUGUGAUUUUGAGCAACGAAAUGCUGCAGCAUUAUCAUUUAAUAAAGACAAUCGAUGGAAGAAACGGGCACUCGCCAUCGUGCCGCUGCGUUAUGGUAUUUCCUGGCACAAUCAUUACACAGUGAUGGUGGUCAUUUAUGCCAACGAUGGCACAGUAGCUGUGACACACGGUGGAGUAGAAAUCGGUCAGGGCAGCAAUACCAAGAUAGCUCAGGUGACGGCUUAUCAACUGGGUUGUGAUCUUGAGUUGGUUUCUGUUCGCGCGUCGAACACAUUUACGAGUCCUAACGCCGGAGUUGAUGGAGGAAGCACUACCACUGAAUUGAACUGUGUGGCCUGUGUGAAUGCUUGCAAGGCUUUAAACAGUCGCAUCAAACCAACUCGAACUCAGAUGCCGAAGGCAACAUGGAGUGAGGUCAUCAAGGCUUGUGCCAACAAAGGCAUAGACUUGGCAGCAAAGUCAUGGGUCGAUGUUCCAAAAGGCCACAAUGGAAGUGACAGAUAUGAAGCAUAUGGAGUCACAUGCAGUGAAGUGGAGAUCGACGUGCUGACCGGUGAGCUACAGAUCAGUCGUGUUGACUUGCUGUAUGACUGCGGGGAAAGCAUGAACCCAAAGAUAGAUGUCGGGCAGACUCAAGGAGCGUUUGUGAUGGGCCUUGGAUAUCUUCUCACUGAACGCAUCGUCUAUGAUGAAGACACCGGGCAACUGUUGACAAAGAACACUUGGGAGUACAAACCACCAUCAUCAAAAGACAUUCCUAUCGACUUCCGGAUCGCAUUCGAAAAGAAUGCACCAAACCCAUUAGGAGCUCUCGGAGCAAAAGCUGUUGGUGAACCUCCGAUUUGUAUGUCGGUGUCAGUAUUUCUUGCUAUCAGACGAGCCAUCGAGUGCGCUCGGUUUGAGACAAAGGAUCAUGCUGUUGUGACUCUAAAUGCUCCUGCCACGCCCGAAGUAAUCCAACUGAGCUGCAAGGUCGAUCCGAGUCAGUUUGGGUUGUGAUUUCAAUUUGAAAGCGUUUGAUGUUGUUGCUUUGUGACGACGGGCGACUUGCCCAAUAAAUGAUGCAGCAUAACUUGUUGUUUGUGUGUGUUUUACGAUUAAAUAAUAUUCAUCAUUGUCUCUGCGGUC